AGAGAGGUUGCUGCCUUAGGAAGAACAAUGUUGAUGCUACACCACCUUCUUAAUCUCUUGCCUGGUUUAAUCGUUUGAGGAUUAAAAGAGACGUUAACACUGGAUUUCUAAUCAUAAAGGAUGCUCAGUUCUCUCUCCUCUCCUGCUCAAUCCAGAGAAAGGACUAAUGUACUUUCGCACUGUUAAAGAUACCUGCCUAAGAGCCAGCUUUUAGCCACUGGAGGCAUGAAAUGCCCACUCCUCUAGCCCCAUGGAGUGCAACCUGCAUUUGGAUUCCACGCUUUUGUAGACUGUCACUGUAAAUAUAGGUGAUUAAAGAGAAACAAACAGAAACACUGCCUGCUUUUUCAGCUCUAUGGUUUUCUGACUUGUUCAAGCCUGUGAUUUUUGGCUUCUGACAAAGAGAUGACCCAGGAACAGUGCACUCAUAGAAACAAUGUGCAGAGCUCAGAGAAACCACACGUGUACAAAGUGGGGAUUUACGGAUGGCGGAAGCGUUGCCUUUACUUCUUCGUCCUCCUUCUCAUGAUUUUAAUUCUGGUCAACCUUGCUUUAACCAUCUGGAUCCUCAAAGUCAUGAACUUCACAAUAGAUGGCAUGGGUCAUUUAAGAAUCACAGAGAAGGGCCUGAAACUCGAAGGGGACUCUGAGUUCCUCCAACCUCUGUAUGCCAAAGAAAUACAGUCCAGACCAGGUAGCCCAUUGUUCCUCCAAUCAUCCAGAAAUGUGUCCGUCAACGUCCUCAAUGGGAAAAAUCAAAUGGUCACGCAACUAGUUGCAGGAUCAAAAGGAAUACAAGCACGUGGAAAAAAGCUUGAGGUGAACUCCAACAAUGGAAAGCUGCUGUUUUCCGCUGAUGACCAAGAAGUAGUGGUUGGUGCUGAACGGUUGCGAGUCAUGGGUGCAGAGGGAGCCGUGUUCAGCAACUCUGUAGAAACGCCUCACGUCAGGGCUGAACCCUUUAAGGAGCUACGACUUGAGUCUCCAACCCGCUCUUUGUUCAUGGAGGCCCCUAAAGGAGUUAAGAUCUUUGCAGAGGUUGGGGACAUCCAGGCAGCCUGUAGAAACGAGCUGCGUUUGGAAUCGAAGGACGGAGAGAUCACUCUGGAUGCCAGCAGAAUUAAACUCCUCAGACUGCCCGAGGGCCAGGCCUCUCCCACCGCAACCAGGCAGACUGUGUUCGAGGUGUGCGUGUGCCCCAACGGAAAGCUGUUUUUGUCCCAGGCCGGGACGGGCUCCACCUGCCAAAUUAGCAACAGUGUCUGCCUCUAGAGGACACGCGCAAACCGGAGGGGGAGGGGCGUUCCUGCUCUUCUAAACUGCUUACCCCCUCCCCCCCUCAAUCCACCUCCCAUCAGACAGGAACUGAGUGGAGCUGCCCAGCAUUCGCAGAGGGACACGCCAAGUGACAUCUCUCUCUCCGCUGAUCUGAAAUCGGUUUCAGUACCAGAAUCACUAGGGUGAUCACCAUAAAACAAAUCACAAAACCAUGUAACCAUGUAACCACCCCCC